ACCACCGGAAAAGCGUCUAACAGCUGUCCACAUUAGGUUCUUUGGCUGUGUUGUGUUUUGGUCGCGUGAACGUCGUCCAAGACUUCUAUAAUGACUAAACUACAGAUCUUAAACUCUUAUUUGACAGAGCGUUUAAUGGUGGUUGCCCAAGAGAUAUUAGACAUAGUGAAAGAGACGGUGUCUGAGUACCAGGAGGAAAAUGCGCGAACAAAGAGAGAGAAUGAGAGUCUCCGGCGAAGACUACGGGAAUUCGGAUUGGAGAUUGAGUCGACUUUUUGGGGUGCACGGCCUGCUGCUCUUCCUGCCUCUAGAGGAAAGUCUCUCAUAGAGCGGCAGCUCGGUGAACAGGAGUGGAGCUCCAGUCUAAGGCCUGACACAGAGCUCACUCUGACUGAAGAGAAACAGGAGAUCACAGAGGAGCACAGAAUGAGACAAACAGAAGAGGAGCCAGUCUUGUCGUCUUGUGUUGAAACUGAUGAGUCCAUCAACCCUACCACCCCUGUUAACACAACGGUGACUGGGGAGAGCGAGGGGAUUAUAGAACAGCAGAGGACUAUACUGAGAGAAGAGAAGACUAGUGGGCUACAGUCUGUCCGUAUGGAAGAAACUGAUACGAGCAUCGUUUCACCAGGACUGAAGAAGCUGGCAUUGGAAAUCACAUUGUCCAUGGUCUCACCCUCAUCCGUAAAUCCCGAAAUAAACUCCAUCCACCCUUCAGAUGUCUCUCUGAUUGAACCGGUCAACACAGAGCUGAACUCUCGACCCAGCCUCCGACCAGACCAGAUUAAAACAGAGCCUGAUGAAGUGGACUUCAAGUCUGACCAGCUCUCUGAAUUAGGUUACCACCCUAAGACGCACUAUAAUAUUAACAAAACUCUGUGUGAAACGAGUGUCAUCGCACGAUAUGAUAAUGGGGCAGAAGCUGGACACAUACUCCCCCUGUCUGAUAUACCUGCUAGUGAAGCUCAGCCUGAGGGUCUUUUAGUUGAUCACAGGGAAGAAAGGCAGCACUCCUGCUUACAAUGUGGGAAGUGUUUCUGUCGUGUCUCGUACGUUAAAAUACACCAGCAAAUACACGCAGGCGAGAGACCGUACUCCUGCGCCUGGUGUAGCAAGUCAUUCACUCAGUCAGGAGACCUGAGAAGACAUGAGCGAAUUCACACAGGUGAUAAACCCCACCAGUGCAUGUGGUGUGAAAAGAGUUUUACUCAGGUGGGAAAUCUUAAGAGACACCAGCGAAUCCAUACCGGAGAGAGGCCGUACUGCUGCACCCGGUGUGGAAAGACUUUCUAUGAUGGAGGCGCCUUAAAAAAUCAUAAAAGAAUUCACUUACGAGAGAGAAAACAAAGGAAUAUGCUCAUGCAGACUGAUUAAGAAAAGCUAAGGUGUUGGUUGCCAAUAAAAUAGGUAAUAGUGUUUUUAAAAUAAUAUGUUACUGUUUGUACUAUGGAAUAUUAAUUUACCACCUAAAAAACAUAAUGACCGCAUGCCAUUUCAUUUAAUUCACAAUAAUUUGAAAUACAAUUGUUUCAAUACACAAAUGCUCAUAAUCAGUAAAUAAUACAACUGAAAUUAUUUUUACUCAGUUAUUGUUACUUGACUGUUACAGCAUCUAUAUCCUUUAACCUUUGACAGUAUUUUAUCUGAGAUUGUCUCAUACCCAAUAUUUUAUGGCCAUUGCUGAAACACUUUUAAACCCCAUAACUUCCUUUCUCUGUUUCUUGCUUUCUCCUUCUCUGUCUCUCUCUAUAGUUGACCUCUCCUGAAAUUCCACUAGCACAGUUAGCAGUGGACAUGUUACCUCCAGUCUGAGGCAGAAAAAUGCUCCCAUUGACUGAAGAGAAAUAGGAGCUCACUGGGCUUCAUAGGACUAUAUGGAGCCAAGGGCACAAUAGACUGGGGUCUGCUAUAUCAGGUUUAUAGUCAUACAGCUUAGUGUGAACAUUUAACACGAUAUGGGCUGUUCCAGUCCUGCAGACCUUUUGGACAUACAGACUGUAACCAUGAAAGAGUUGGACUUAAAACUAGUUCCAGUCUACUUGAAAUCUGAGAACAGCACAAGCCCAGAGAGACCUCAAUUGUAUUGAAUUGCUGGUAAAGCUUGUGAAUAUUAACAAUGUGUACAUUAAUGUAAUGGAUGGAUGUUGCACCUCUUGUUUGUAACAAAUAAAUCUGCAGUUCAAAAGA